AUGAGAGUAUUUAGUACUGCCGCAGCUGCUUUAGCUGUAUUUGGAAUCACUUCCGGGUUACAGCAACCCUUGGCAAUGGACACGUUCCCAUUGAAAUAUCAGGCUGGGGAUGAGGUGCUUGUGAAAGCUUCAAAGUAUCUCAACGCGCCAUUGAGUGGUUUGACGGAAGAGAUAAGGGAAUUGUGGAAGCAGUUUGUUUACCAUACCGAUAUCGUGGAUGGUUUAAAGAGCAGUGGUGGUUUUUCAAAAAUAACAAAGCAACCCUUUGAUUUCUACGUCAAAGAUCAAACUUUGCCAAACCACCAAUUGAGAAUCAAAUCGACACCAGAAAACUUGGGACUUGAUACAGUUCAACAGUACACUGGUUACUUGGAUAUUGAAGAUGAGGAGAAACACUUUUUCUUCUGGACUUUCGAAAGCAGGAAUGACCCUACAAAUGACCCAGUUAUUUUGUGGUUAACUGGUGGACCAGGUUGCUCAUCAUCUAUGGGGUUGUUUUUUGAAUUAGGUCCUUCAUCAAUCGACAAGGACAUUAGGCCAGUAUUCAACCCAUAUUCUUGGAACAACAACGCUACUGUCAUAUUUUUGGACCAACCGGCAAAUACAGGCUACUCUUACACAGAGAAGCCUGUGUCGGACACUGUCGCUGCUGGUAAGGAUGUGUACGCCUUUUUGGAAUUGUUUUUCAAACAAUUUCCACAAUAUGCCAAGUUAGAUUUCCACAUUGCUGCUGAAUCUUAUGGUGGUCAUUAUGCGCCUGUUUACGCAAGUGAAAUUUUGAGCCACCCGGAACGUUCAUUCAACUUGACAUCCGUCUUGAUUGGUAACGGUUUGACCGAUACCUUAGUUCAAUAUGAGUACUACCAGCCGAUGGCUUGUGGUGAAGGUGGUUCAGAAGCCGUUGUUGACCCUCAGCAAUGUCAAAUAAUGGAUGCCACAAAGCCUCUCUGUUUGGCACUUAUUAAGCAGUGUUACGACACUGAGUCUGUUUGGACAUGCUUCCCUGCCACUGUUUAUUGUAACGAGGCACAAAUGGGACCUUAUCAAAGGGCGGGUUAUAACUUGUACGAUGUUAGGCUCAAGUGUGACGGUUCGCAAUUGUGCUAUGAGAGCUUCGACUACAUUGAAAAGUACUUGAACAAGCCAGAAGUUUUAGAGGCAGUUGGUGCUGAGGUUUCAGGUCACGAGUCUUGCGAUGAUGGUCUCGCGGCAAGCUUUAUGUACUCUGGUGACUGGAUGAAGCCGUACUACAAAAAGGUGAUUGAUGUUUUGGAAAAGGGUGUUCCAGUAUUGAUUUAUGCUGGUGAUAAAGACUUUAUUUGCAACUGGUUAGGCGAACAGGCUUGGACUAACAGGUUACAAUGGAGUGGUUCACAAGGAUUUUCCAAGGCAUCAAUUAGAAAGUGGGAAGUAGAUGGUGAGCAUGCUGGAAAUGUCAAAAAUUAUGACAAUUUCACAUUCUUGAGAAUAUUCGGCGCCGGUCACAUGGCUCCACAUGACAAACCAGAAAACUCGCUUGACAUGGUCAACAGGUGGAUCAAUGGUGAUCACAAAUUGUAG